CAAAUGAGCGGUGGGAGAAGUGAAGGAAUAUAACGAGCCGAUCGUUCUUCCCGAGCUUCAUUCCAUAAUCAAAAGCCGUGCCUUACACGUCAAAUUGAAAAAGGAGUCCGUCAUUUUGAAUUUUCAUUAAUCAAUAAAACACACGCAUCGACGAUCACAAUGCUUCACUUUUUUACCAUCCUGGCUGCAGCCGUUGUAGCAGUUCAUGGAUUUUCCGGUGGCGCGCCCGCUUCAGUUUGUAAAUCGCUCCUGCCGGGACAUCCGGCGGAGCCUCAAGCAACUCCGUCUCCGUUCAGGAUCGUCGUAAACAAGAGCACGGUCAAGCCUGGCCAAGAAGUUAUGGUCAUUAUGGAAAGCACCAAUGAUAAGAGAUUCAAAGGAUUCUUGUUGCAAGCACGAAUCAACGACGAGAUUGUUGGACAUUUUGACGUGAGCGACGUUGACAAGAAUAUACAAACACUGGAUUGUUUGGGAGGAUCUAAGAAUGCCAUCACACAUCGUAACAGCGACGACAAGAAAGCCAUUGUCGCGAAGUGGAUCGCUCCCGAGAAUGUAAAAGGUACCGUUAAAUUUGUCGGAACCUUCGUGGAGACUGGCCUUGUCUUCUGGGUCGGUGAAACAUCCGAGGAAGUGUCGCUGGAACAUUGAAAAAAAAUAUUUUGAAAAAAAAAAUAAUGUAGCAUUUUCGUCACGAGGUAUAAGUAAUGACGUCGAUCUUAUGGCUAUAAGGCUAGGAAAGAUCGAAAAGAUAUUUUUUUUUCAUACAGAUUCACUAAAAAAUACGGAUAAAGAAUUAACUUAUGUAGUUGUAUAGUGAUUUUCACGAGUAUUCCAGGUAACGUUGUGCAUUGCAUUUUUUUAUUUUGAAAUUAAUCACGAAUUGUUAAACUAUAUGGAGAAGCGAUGCGAUUAAGAUUUAAUUAUCUCGUGAGACAAAAGGAAGGAGCGAGAAAUAAACAACAACAGCAAAACGUAACGAUCCACACGAAGCUAGUCACGAAGAGGAGCUGACGCGUGUGGCGUAUAUUUUGAUUUUUAAGAUGAAAUAAAAUAUGUGGGCACAUGGUAAAUCGACCAAAUAAAACACUUGUUUUUUCGAAUUGA